CGCCUACCGCUUUCCUGUGCCAAGGGCGGAUCGGGAAGCACAAUGGAUACAGCAAGCCACAGCCUGAUCCUCCUGCAACAACUCAACAUGCAGCGAGAAUUUGGCUUUCUUUGUGACUGCACAGUUGCAAUUGGAGAUGUCUACUUUAAAGCUCAUCGAGCUGUCCUGGCUGCUUUUUCCAACUAUUUUAAGAUGAUAUUCAUUCAUCAGACAAGUGAAUGCAUAAAGAUUCAGCCCACUGAUAUCCAACCUGACAUAUUCAGCUACUUGCUUCAUAUAAUGUACACUGGCAAAGGACCUAAACAGAUGGUCAAUCAUACGCGGCUAGAGGAAGGCAUCCGUUUCCUACAUGCUGACUAUCUUUCCCGUAUGGCAAUUGAAAUGAACCAGUUGCUUUCUCCGGAGGUUGUGCAGUCUUCAAACCUUUAUGGGAUUCAGAUCUCAACCACACAUAAGGCUGUGAAGGAGAAUCUCCAAGCAAAGGAAAACUUAACCAAUAUUGGUAGUAGAGCCACUAGUCAGGGAGAUCAUCCUCAGCUCCAGCUAUCUCUGGCAAUUGGGCUGGAUGAUGGGUCUUUGGACCAGCAGGUUUCCCAUCCUUCUACUAAGUCAGCUGUGAAACCACCAGAGGAGGCUGCAAAUCCACCUGUGACUAUAAAAGAGGAGAAGACUGACCCAGAGCCAGUUGUGUCUCAGAGUCACACAUCAUCCUCCCCAAAUCUCAGGGGUCCAUCUAUUUCCAAAGAAAACCUCAAAGUUCAUUUAUGCCAGUACUGUGGGGAGCAUUUUGAAUCCCGGAACAAUUUGUGUGAACACCUGUUUACUCAUGUGUCAGGAUCAUUGCCCUUUAGGGUUCCAACCUCCAUCCUGGAAAGCAAUAACCUUAGCCAGCUGCAGCCUCUCAGUGAAAACUGUGAAGCUACUGAAAGUCACCGACUCAGUUCCUUCCUUCAGAAAGAGAAUGAGCACUAUUCAGAAUAUCCCAGCCACCCCAACCUAGAGGCACUGCCAAUUGGCCAGCUCUCACUGGUGUCCAAGGACACAGAACCUGUGGAAUUAAACUGCAACUUUUCCUUUUCACGGAAAAGAAAGAUCAGCUGCACUGUUUGUGGUCACAAAUUUCUCCGAAAAAACCAGCUUCUUGAACACAUGUAUACGCACAAAGGCAAACACUUCAAAUUUGGCCGAUACCAGCGGGUUGGCAAUACGGCAGCCAUCAAGUUUCAGCCAUAUGGUGACAAUUGGAUCCCAAGUAUGGUGAAAAGUGGCACUCUCUCACAAGGUCACGUGGAUUCACAAAAUGCAUUGGAUCCUGACCUCUCUCAAGAGAGCAUUGAUACCAUACUUGUGGAAUAGUUCUUUCUUUUUCUGUUCUCUUUGACCUGCAGGUUUGUAGCCUGUGCAUUCGUGCAUUUAGUCCUAUUGUAUGAAUACUUCUCGAAGAGUUUUUUGUUCUUCUGAAAUACAACAUGGCAGACGCCCUUUUGUACAGUAUGUUACCUUCCUAGUUGGAGGGUCAGCUGUUUUCCAGAAUAUCCCAAUGUAUGGCAUGAGGAAUGCAUGUGGAAAAAGCACAUGAUACAGCUAGAUCUUUGUACAUAUUUUUGUACAUAAAAUUUAUAAAAUAUUUUGUACAUAAAAUAUUGCCGGGAAAUACAAUCAAAGCCAUUGAAAGAAUGGAAGGAGGCACAGAUUCCCAUGUAGGAACUUUUAGUUUCAGACUGGUUGCAGGAACUUAAAAGACCAUGGAAUGCUAUUCUCUGUCAACAAAAAAAAAACACUCGGGUUGUGGUACAUGCUUUGCUCAGUUCACUGUUUUUGAAGAUGGGAUAGUCCCGGAUAUUUUAAUAAUAUCCAUAUAAUGCUGGCAUGUCACCUCUAGAGCUUUCCAUGAUGCAUCAGGUUGGGAGGACAACAAAGGGAAGUUGCAGUACUCAUAAAAGAAAAUUUAUUGUAAAUCAUAUUUAAUUUCAAUUAAAUUUGUUUUAAAUUAACAUCCUGUUUAAUGUUCUUCAGUUUAAAGAAAGGUCAUAGUGUGUCAUUGAUCAGUUAGCGUUACUAGUCAUGACGAAAUUAGAUUAAAUAAUUCAAGUACUGUAAAAUAAAAGUUCUGUUCAGUUGCACUA